UAUACAAAAUUUAAAAUUUAAUCAAAACUAUGGAACAAGCCAUCAUUAAUGACUAUAAUGAUCCUGAAGAUAUUAAGAAAUCAAAGAAAUGGGAAAAGACUAAGAGAGGAAACAUCACGACACAGAUUAAGACAAGAUCCAAGGUUCAAGGCAAGGAAUCUGUACGGCCUACUGUUAUUAAUAGUGCUCUCAUCUCUGAAUACUUUAAAGAGUACAAUAAAGAAAAUAGAAUCUUUGAUAAAGAUAAAACACCUUUAUGGGAUUUUACUCAUCUCGCUUUAUCAUAUAAAAAUAUCAUUGAUAUUGAUAACCUGAAGGGAAUGGAGAAGCUAAGGAAGCUCCAAAUUGAUAAUAACAUCAUUUACAAGAUUCAGAAUUUAGACCAUUUGGUCAAUCUUGAAUGGUUAGACUUAUCUUUUAACCAGAUUGAGAAGAUCGAAGGACUUAACUCCCUAACAAAACUCACUGAUCUGUCUCUCUAUAAUAAUCAUAUUGUGGAAGUAGGAGGUCUUGGAAAGCUUCUGGAGCUGAAUGUUCUUUCUCUUGGUCAAAAUAGAAUUAAAAGCUAUGAAAAUGUUAUCUCUUAUCUCAGAGAAAUUCCCAACAAGCUUGAAGUCUUGACACUUGAAGGAAACCCAUGCAUCAAGAAAGAUCUCAAAGAAGAGUAUCAACUCUAUGCAUAUGCUUAUCUUGAUAAGCUCCAGUACCUGGACUAUCAAAUCAUCAAGCAAGAGAUUAGGAACACUGCAUUGGAAAAGCACAGAGAAGAUAUUGAUGAGCGUGACAAUCAAAAGGAAGCUGACAAGAACGUUGUUGCUACUCCUUCUUUGAUGUCAAAAGAGGAUAGGCAACAACUCAUAGAAGCUCAUAUCCUGAUUGCGAAUAAUAUUUUUAAACACAAUCUUGCUGAAGAUGAAAUAAUGCAAAAGUUUACAGUUCUACCAAAUUACCAAGACAUCAUGCAGCAGAUUGAAGAUGAAGUAAGAGAAAAGAUCGAAGAGUUCAUUAAAGAUGCUCUCAAGAGCCACCAAGAAAAGACAGAAAAGAUUGCAUACUGGACAGAGAUACUUAAGGAAGGAGAAACCAAGGCUGAACUCAAAUCUAUUGACUUAAUAAAUGGAUUCAAAGCGAAGCACAAGAAGGAGUAUGGAGGCAUGAACUGGGAUCAAUCAACAAACAAGCAACUCUUUGGUUAUAGAGAAUGGAUGAAUAUUAAUCUCGAUGAACUUGAAGACAAGCUAAUGCUUGUUGAAAUGAAACUAGUUGAAUCUCUUGGACUAGCAAAUGCUGAGUUUAGUAAAGAUGUUGAUAAUAUCAACAACGAAAUGGCUACAAAGAUCACUAAGUUUACAGAUAAUGUACAAGAUUUGAGCAAUCAAUUCCAGACUGAUCUUAAAGAUCAUGCUUUCAAACUAAAUGAAGAAGUUACUAAGGAUGAUGAUAAUCCUACUUACCAAGACAUUAGCGAUGAUACUGAACUAUUGCAGCUGAUCUAUGACAGAGACGCCCUAGCUCAAUACUUCGAGCAGUGUAAAGAAAAUCAGGAUAACAAAAUUAGUGAGAAAAACAACAUUAUGAGGAGUGAUAUCAACAAUGACUGGAAGAAUGUCAAGCAAAAGCUAACAGAUGAUCAACAUGACAGGAAUAGAAAUAUCAUACUUGAGAUUAUAAAUUUCAAAAAAGACAAAAAGAAGGAAGUAGAAGAACUUCUAGAAACAUAUUUGGAAGGAUAA